AUGUCUCGAAAACUGCAAACAUUAGGUCUUGCAUACUUUGGAUUGAUAGCUGCUUGCUUAUUCUUUUCAGCCAAUGCAGGUUCAAAGGACAGCGACAUUAAAGGACCUGCUGUAGGAAUUGACUUGGGAACAACCUAUUCUUGUGUGGGUAUCUAUAGAAAUGGCCGUGUAGAGAUCAUCCCUAACGACCAAGGAAACAGAAUCACUCCUUCAUACGUCGCACUCUCAGAAGAAGGUGAAAGACUAGUCGGAGAAGCCGCCAAAAACCAAGCUGCCAUCAACCCUAGUGGCACAGCUUAUAGUGUUAAAAGACUUAUUGGCAGAAAAUAUGACGACGACACAGUGCAAAAUGAUAAGAAGCUUUUAUCAUACGACAUUACCAACAAACAAGGAAAGCCUUAUAUUUCACUUCAAGCUGGAAAAGAAGUCAAAGAGUUCGCCCCUGAAGAAAUCAGCUCUAUGGUCCUUGCCAAGAUGAGAGAUAUUGCUGAAGCUUUCUUAGGACAAGAAGUAAAACACGCUGUGGUCACUGUCCCAGCUUACUUCAAUGACUCACAAAGACAAGCCACUAAAGAUGCAGGUGCCAUCUCAGGACUUAACGUUCUAAGAAUCAUCAACGAACCAACAGCUGCUGCUAUUGCUUACGGUCUUGACAAAAAAGGACAAGGCGAAAAGAACAUUUUGGUCUUCGAUUUGGGUGGAGGCACUUUUGAUGUGUCUUUGCUUACCAUUGAUAACGGAGUUUUCGAAGUCGUAGCAACUUCUGGAGACACACAUUUGGGAGGUGAAGAUUUUGACCAAAGAGUUAUGGACUACUUGAUCAAGCUUUUCCAAAAGAAAAACAAUGUCGAUGCUAGCAAAAACAAGCAUGCCAUACAAAAGCUUAAGAGAGAAGUUGAAAACGCUAAAAGAGCUUUGUCAAGCACUCAUCAGGUUACAAUUGAAAUUGAAGCUUUCCAUGAUGGCAUCGAUUUCAGUGAAACUUUGACUAGAGCUAAGUUUGAAGAUUUGAACAAUGAUUUGUUCAAAAAGACUUUGGGGCCUGUUAAACAAGUACUUGAUGACUCAAGCAUGCAAAAGAGCGAUAUUGAUGAAAUUGUGCUUGUAGGAGGAUCAACCAGAAUUCCAAAGGUACAAAGAUUGAUCAAAGAUUUCUUCAAUGGAAAAGAACCAAAUAUGGGUAUCAACCCUGAUGAAGCAGUUGCUUAUGGAGCUGCAGUUCAAGCUGGUAUUUUGUCUGGACAAGGUGGUGAAGAGACAGCUGACAUUGUUCUUAUUGAUGUCGCUCCUCUUAGCUUAGGAAUUGAAACUGUUGGAGGUGUUAUGACCGUUCUUAUUCCAAGAGGAACUGUUAUCCCAACCAAAAAAUCCCAAACUUUCACCACUUACCAAGAUCAACAAACCAUGGUCUCUAUCCAAGUCUACGAAGGUGAAAGAGCCAUGACCAAAGAUAACCAUAAGCUCGGCCAAUUCGACUUAAAAGACAUCCCACCAGCGGCCAGAGGAGUCCCACAAAUUGAAGUCACCUUCGAAAUCGACGCCAACGGAAUUCUCAAUGUCGCAGCAGUCGACCAAGGAACUGGCAACAAAAACCACAUCACCAUCACAAACGACACAGGAAGACUCUCUAAGGACGAAAUUGAAAGAAUGGUCAAAGAAGCUGAACAGUUCGCUGACCAAGAUAAAGAGGCUAAAGCUAAAGUUGACGCAAGAAAUGCUCUUGAAAGCUAUGCUUAUUCAAUGAGAAACUCAAUAGAAGACACAGAAAAGGUUGGAGACAAAUUAUCAGAAUCAGACAAAUCAACAAUUAAAGAUGCAGUUGAAGACGCCUUGAGCUGGUUGUCGUCUAAUCCUGAUGCAAGCAAAGAAGAAUACCAAGACAAACUUAAGGAGGUAGAAAAAGUCUGCAAUCCAAUCAUUUCGAAAAUAUAUGAUACCGCUGGACAUGAAGAUGUGGGCUCACAUGAUGAUCUUUAA